AGCCAGGCCUGAAAAGAUGAUGAUGCAUCGAAACACCUUUAACAUUAAAAAAAACAUAUUGAUUUAAUGAUUUUUUAGAGUAUAAAAGAUUCGAAUGGGUUGAGAUAAAUUAUCAGUUCCUUAAGAAUACUCAAGUAACCAACAACAUGUUCAAAUUCGUCGUAGUCGCCGCUAUUUUCGGUCUUGCCGCCGCUGCUGGUUCUUUGGACAGCGAUGCUCACGCUGAGGUUAAGUCUCUUGAAAGCGAUAUCUCCCCCGAAGGUGCUUUCCGUUAUGCUUUCCAAACCUCAAACGGAAUUGAUGUCAGCUCAACUGGUGAUGCCAAUGCCAUCCAAGGAUCAUACAAAUACAUUUCACCCGAAGGUGUUGCCGUCGUCGUGAACUACAUUGCUGAUGCUGAAGGUUUCAAGCCAUCCGGUGACCUUCCAACACCACCACCAAUCCCAGAGGCUAUUAUCCGUUCCCUUGCUUGGAACGCUGCUCACCCACAAUCCGAGAGCGACAUCAUCAAGAGCAGGCCUGCUUUGGUUGCAAACAAGUUCGGAAGGAGGUUUUAAGUACUAAAUACCUUUAGAUUGUAGUGAUAAAAAAUGCAAUAAACAUGUUGCUUUGGUUACACAAAA